AUGCAACACCACCGUCUGUUGCAAUCGACGCACCACUUGCCCCGAUCAUCAACGCGCAACAUGGCCGAAAACGUGGCACCCACGACAGGCAUCGCCGGCGCCACGCCGAGCCUGCAAAUGUACAAGCAGGAACAGGUCAAGCUCAAGGCGAUGCUCGAGCAGCGCAACCAGGUCGCCCGCCGCCUCGCCGCCAUAGAAUCCGACAUUGAGACCAAGGAGGCCGCCUACCUCGACUCGACGCCCCACGGCAAUAUCAUCGCCGGCUUCGACAACUACAUCAAGGGCACCAGCGGCGCCGGCGCCCAGCGCCGCAAGCAGGGCAACACGGAGCAGCACCGCGUCUUCUCGCGCUCCAGCAUCUCCUAUCGCCCCGGCAGUGCACGUUCACCCCGACCCUUUCGUCCAACCUUUCACGGAGAACAGGGGCAGAUGGCUAACACGUAG